GUAACAAAUUGCUUAGUAAAACCAAGGAAUAAUUGCACUGUAUAAAGUGCUUAGUGAAACUAAGGUACAAUAUCUACCAAUCCUUUAUCCUUCCAAAGCCUUCCUCCUUAACCCCUUCAUCCUAACAGACCCUAUUUGUUGAUGGUUUUGCUUGUUUGUCGCGCAGGAGAACUCAUACCGGCAUGGUUCCGUAAAGGCUCUCUUCCUCCUCCACCGCCUUCACUUCCUCUCAUUCUUGUUGGGCCUGGGACAGGGUGCGCACCUUUCCGUGGAUUCAUCGAGGAAAGAGCUCUCCAACGCCAAUCCGGCAACAACAUUGCUCCAGUUAUCUUCUUCUUUGGUUGCAGAAACAAGGAAAACGAUUUCUUGUACAGAGAUUUUUGGCAAUCUCAUUCGCAGAAUGGCAAAGUUCUCUGUGAAGAGCAAGGAGGAGGCUUCUUUGUUGCCUUCUCCAGAGACCAACCCCAGAAGGUCUAUGUGCAGCACAAAAUGAGAGAGCAGAGUGUAAAGGUGUGGAAUCUGUUGGCUGAAGGCGCCGCUGUCUAUGUCGCCGGCUCUGCAAGUAAAAUGCCUUCCGAUGUUCUUUCUGCUCUGGAGGAAAUCGUGUCGGAUGUUACCGGGGAAUCUAGGGAUACCUCUAUGAGGUGGCUUCGGCGUUUGGAGAGGGAGGGUAAAUACCAUGUUGAAGCCUGGUCUUAAGCUCUCCUCUCAUGUCCUCUUUUUUUGACAUAUAUUUCCUAGUGUAUUACUCCGUAUUAGUUUUACUCUUGUUGUUACUCCACUCCAAUUUUGGUUUGGAGAGGCUGUGGGUAUUAUUAUUUGUUUCUUGAAAAUGUAAUUUUUUUAAAUUGUAUUUUAAAUUUAUUUUUUGGGUUCACAUACCACUUGGAAUUGUAAUAUACUUAGUUUUGAUGA